CCUCGGCGCUAUAAAAGCUGUCUGUUCUCUGUCACCUUUGUUACCAUUCAUGCCGCUUCACAUUCGACGGAAUCCGCGCUGGUAGCUUCGAUAAGGUCUUAUACACAUUUGCCAGAUUUAGGGUUUAUCAUAUUCAUUGCCAGAGCUUUGGAGGCGACACGAAGGAGGAUAUAACAGAUUCACCAAUCAAUGGCGUCCUCCUCUGGUUUCUUGGUUUGAGAUUGUACAGUUACCGGCAUUGUGGAGAGAGAAAGAGAUAGAGAUGGACGAAGAAAUGGUGGAUGUCUCCGAAGGAAGGUUUUCGCCUGUGGAAAUAGAUUUCGAUUACGAGUUCGACGCUUGUCGUUACUUCGAUUUCAUUAGGGAAGAAUCACCUGCGGAGUCUCGAGAAGCAGAGCUCUGGUUUGAGAGAGCUGGAAGUUAUCCCCCUUCUCCUUUCGUAGAGAAGUUGAAUUUGGGCAAAGUCAUCCUUGUGAAAGACAUAAACUCCUCUCCAAAAUCUAAAGAUGUGGAGAACACGGGUUUUACCGCCAACAGAUCAGAUGAUGGCAUUGGUCCAGUGUUUUCUGCAUUAGAUGAAAGUAACCAAGAUCAUGAACAGAUGAGUGAUGGAAUCUUCAGGAACUCAACAGGUGGAGUUCCACAGAAAGUUCAAAAUGAUGAACAAGCAUUGCCAACAGGGCUGUCAUUUUAUAAUCACAUGGCUAAAGAUAUUCCCAAAGCAAAACUGAAGCAUGCAAGCAAGGGACCUUGCCCCAGGAGCUCAACUUUAAUGAAACCGACUGCUAGUCAUCUGGCAAAGCAAAAUCAACCACGGGAUGCCUGUGUUUCCAACCGAUUUUUUGAAAGGUCUGGGAUGCCAUUUGUUCGAAACAGUGGUCGAAGCUUUGAUAAUCUCUCGGGGGUUGAAAGUCAAGCUGCCAAGAGACAGAAGCUCGAAGGAGGUCACUUACGGAAGGUUGCUGGAACAAAGCAACAUGCUAUUCUGGCACACAAAGUAACAAAGAAGGACAAACCUGUUGAUGGUAAUGUAGUGCAUUCGAAGCUUAAACUCACUAUUCCAAGAGAGCCUGAGCUGGAGACAGCACAGAGGGCCCAAAGGACCAGACCAAAAAAUAAUGCUGAGUUAGAAGAACACCAAAAGUCAACAUGUACAUUCAAAGCACGCCCUUUGAACAGAAAAAUUCUCAAGGCUCCGUCAUUGCAACUUCCACAAAAAAGUACACCACGGUUGCCAGAAUUUCAGGAAUUCCGUUUGAAGACAUCAGAGAGGGCUGUACAACACUCUACGUCUGCUGUAUCUUCACCAUCUCGCAACAUAUCUCAUAAGGUUGCAGCUAACAGCAGUUGUGUUGCUCAUAAUGCAACCAUCAACUCCAAAAGGUCAAUUUCUGGGGAUAAUCCGAAGGAGGAAUGUGAAUUAGCAGACCAUUUUAAAGCUCGACCCUUUAAUAAGAAGAUCUUUUCAAGUAAAGGAGAGAUUGGUAUUUUCCGGAACAGUAAGCGGGAAGUCACAGUACCUAUGGAGUUCGAUUUUUCAACAGACAAGAGGUCUCAGCAUCGUCCACCCAUAGAGCUUUUUAACAAGCUGUCACUUACACCUGGACUCCAGCAGAAUAAUGCAUCUCAGCCAAAAGUGGCUUGGUCAAGUUCUGUACAUGCUAAGGGCUCAAAGGAGAAUACUCCAGGUCCUUUCCGACGAGAACAUGUGAUAGCAGCAAUGAACAAUGAAAAGCAUCAAAGGGUUGGAGAAAAGCAAACUCAAUGUUGCUCUGACAGAAGGAUCUUUGAAUUCAGACCCCAAGCCAAUACAAACAGCAGGAGCUUGGGCAUCCGUUGACAGUGUAUGAUUGCUUGCAUGUUAUCAAUUGGUAAUGACAAAUUUUGAGUUAGUUGAUUUCCAUGAAGCUUGAUGAAUUGAUCAACAAGGUAGAGCUCUUUUUUCGGUACACAAGAUCCAUUGGAUAUUCAUAUUGUGCUGGGCAAUCUUGUAAUGGUCAUAAAGCAACUUGUAUUUUAAUGACUAAUCAGUUGGCUGAAAGUUGCGGGUCUCCUUGCAUAGAAGGGCUUUGAGUUUUAGCAAUUGUAGCAGUGGAAAUCCGAGGCACACGUUUAGUAAUUUAGAAACAGGUAUUGUCCAUUCCUCAAUAAAAAUGUAAAACAGGCCAGAGUUGUACAGUUAUGAAGGCCUCAAAUUUUUGAAUCAUAGGGUUUUAACCCAUUCUGUUCAUAUAUAUAAUGUCAUCAUAAGAUAUUGCAGAGCGAGUAUAUUCAGUGGUUACCCAUUCAACCAAAUACUACAUUUCUGUUCUUCCU